AUGGACGUUCAAAAUAACUAUCAAAAUUAUAAGGAGCCGUCUCCCGACGCCAAGGAGACGAAUUCGAAUAUCGAAAGUGCUCGAUCGACCCAAAUAUCGAAAACUGACAUGCAAUCGACAGUGUUGAAUCAAACUAAAGCGUCAAAACGAUCAUUCGACGUGGCUUUUCUCAUGAUGCCGGACGAAAAAGUGAGGCAGAAACAACCUGAGCGACAAUUGAGAGUUUCUAAACAAUUGUUCAGCACGGAAGAGUGGGAACAUUCGACGAAACGAGCGACAGAUGUCUACAAGCACAGUGAUCUUUCGAAUGAUGUUUUAGACGAUAAAGAACAAGAUGAAGACAGGAUUCGAGUUAAUAACAACAUGUCACCGAGCUUUGGUUCCGACAUCAACAUUGACGUGGGCACAGACGAGUUUCCGAGCAAAUCUACAUACUUCAGUGAUUCAGAUACUUCUGAACUUUCAAGAAGUCGCCCUAAUUCUAACGAGAGUGCAGCGAGACAACCAAAAUUUUUACCCGAAUAUAAAAGUAAAAUAUUCGAUGAUCCAACGUUAAUCAGCAUGCAGUCGAGAGCGAGGUACGAGAGCAGGUAUGGUGAGAAAACUCAUGAGAUAUCACCGAAGAGCGCUUUUACGAAAGUAUCAAAUUUCACUGUUAGGUCACCGAAUCCAUCAGUUAGUCCAGACAAUCUUCUUUACCAGAACUCAAUAAGCCCUCCUUUGUCUGCAUCCAGUCCUCCGACGAGCUACACCAAAGCAGCAGCGUUUACUAACAUGAUUACUCCGGCACAUUUGCUAAAUGGUAAUAACUUCUUUAAAAACCAAAACGUACCUUCAACUUCGCCAAGUUAUCCAGAACCAAGCCUUAUGCCGCAAAGAGCACAAGCAUUUAAAGGAAUAGAAUACCAAGGGAAGCAAGUUGAUCCAAAAACACCACAGAUAUCACCUAACAAAAUGAAUUUUCUACCGUUCCGCCCCGAAAUACCGUAUCUUCAAGCGGGAUCAUCAUAUCCGUUCGGCGUACAGAACUUCCAACAACCUAAUUCUGAUUUUAUGAAGUUUCCUGUUUCCCCAAGGGAGACGGUAGGUCCACUGAUAGCGAAUCCAGCCGCAGCUAUCUUAAGCACACUGUUACCGCCCACCUUGGCGGCGUUCUCGCUGCCAGCACAAAACGUGUGUGCCAAAUGCAGCAUCAGUUUUCGGAUGACGUCCGAUCUGGUGUACCACAUGCGGACCCAUCAUAAGAGUGAAACAUCUAAUGACCCUAAUAGGAGGAAAAGGGAAGAGAAACUAAAAUGUCCAGUUUGUAAUGAGAGCUUUAGAGAGAGACACCAUUUAACCAGACAUAUGACCGCACAUCAAGACAAAGAAGGAGAUAUGGACGAUAUGUCACCGGCAAACUUUAAUAAAAAAAGCAAACAAUUUUUUAACAAUGGCUCCAUUUUACAUAAGUGA